CUAGGUGGCAAAAGAAGCUCUGCAAAUUAAGCGUAGAAGAAGAAGCGUUGUCGUCAUUUCCUGUUGCAUUAUGUUCUGAAUUAUAUUUUCGGUCGUUCCUUGCGAAGGCUAAGGAAAGAUGUCAGGUGCUGGGGGAGGAAAACGUCCUUCUGGAGGGGAUAGUCCCCCUGGUCCACCUGAGAAGAAGACCAAGAAGGAGGAGAAGACCACCACCACACUGAUCGAACCAAUACGAAUCGCUGGAGUCUCUUCAACGGAAGAAAUGGACAUGAAGGUGCUCCAGUUCAAGAACAAGAAGCUAUGUGAGCGCCUGGAGCAGAGACAGGCCAUGGAAGAUGAGUUACGAGAGAAAAUCGAAAAGCUGGAGAAGAGACAAGCCACUGAUGACACCACCCUCCUCAUCGUCAAUCGCUACUGGACUCAGCUGGAAGAAAAUGUAAAUAUUCUGCGCAAAUAUAUUGAGCCAGAAUCAACAGCAGCAUCUGCUCCUGCGCCACCUUCAGCCCUCCCCGAUGCUACACCCACGGAUACCAUCAGCCUGGCAUCACCGUUGGUUACAGUGCCUCCACCUCCUCUGCCGGAGGCCCAGGGUGAGACUGAGCUCACAGAACCGCAGCAACAAGAGAAUCAACUGGAAGACCAUCAGGAGGUGCCACAUCCUCCUGCUAGAUCAGAGGAGUUACUAACUACUGUGGAACCGCCACAGGAUUCAAAAACUGACACAUCACCGCCUCCCCCUCCCUUAAGUGAGAAUGCUAAGGGCUUUUUGACCAUGCUGGAGCAGAGCAGCGAGGAGGAGCUUUCAUUGCACCUCCAGGACCGCAUGCUGUUCAGCAAAGAAGCCAUCGCCCACUUGGUGCAAGUCUUUGACAGGCUGCACAGUCGCAUCGACGACAUGUGCAGGGCGGUCCAGGCUGCAGUGGCAGAGGACGACAGCCAGGCUGACAUCAGGCUGAACCGCUCCCUGUUGGACGAACACAUCCGACUACGAGACCAUGCCAACCUCCUGCAGGGACGACACCACAAAAUGUCCAUGGAGUACAAUGAGUUGGUGGACAAAGUGACCAGUGCAGAAACUAAAGUGUCUGAGAUGGAGACGGCAGUGGAGGACCUUCAGUGGGACAUUGAGAAACUUCGUAACAGAGAACAGAAGCUCAACAAACAUCUGGCAGAAGCCAUGGAGCAGCUGAAAUCUGGAUACAGCAGCACGGGCAGCUCGGGGGGGCUAGCUGGAGGCCAGAUAACUCUGAACAUUCAGAAGUUUGAGAGUCUCAAUGCAGAGUUGGAGCACAAUCAGGAGUUGGCCAACAGUCGCAUGGCAGAGCUGGAAAAGCUGCAGGUGGAGCUCCAGGAGGCUGUGAGGGAGAGCGAGAAGCUCAAGAUGGACUUGCGCAACAUUCCAGAAGAGGUUGUAAAAGAAACCUCUGAGUACAAAUGUCUGCAGUCUCAGUUCUCUCUGCUGUACAAUGAGUCCCUCGGGGUCAAAACGCAGCUGGACGAGGCUCGGGCUCUCCUGCUGACGGCAAAAAAUGCACAUCUUCGUCAGAUUGAGCACAUGGAGAGUGAUGAGCUAUCUCUUCAGAAGAAGCUGCGGACUGAAGUCAUCCAGCUGGAGGACACGUUGGCUCAGGUGCGCAAAGAGUAUGAGAUGCUGCGCAUCGAGUUUGAGCAGAACCUGGCCGCCAACGAGCAAGCAGGACCCAUCAACAGAGAGAUGCGACACUUAAUCAGCAGCCUUCAAAACCACAACCUGCAGCUGAAAGGUGAUGUUCAGCGCUACAAGAGGAAGUUGCGGGAAACACAGAUGGAGAUUAAUAAGCUACGUUGUCAGAGUGGAGACGCAGGGGUUUUGAUUCUGGAGGAGACGACAAGCGACGGCAUUGAUGUAAGAAAGGAGGAGGAUGAAGACCAGGAGGAAGAAGAGGAGAGGAGGAAAGAACUGGAACGGCAGCGAGCCCGAGAGAGGGAGCGGGAAAGGGAAGCGGAGCGGGAACGAGAGAGGGAGCGGGAGCGGGAGAGGCAGCGUAGCGACGAGCUGAAGAGGAAAGACUCGGAUACGCUCAAGAUGCUCAGAGUGGAACUCAAGAAAGCCCAGGAGUCCCAGAAAGAGAUGAAGCUCCUGCUGGACAUGUAUAAGUCUGCUCCAAAGGAGCAAAGAGACAAAGUGCAGCUUAUGGCAGCUGAGCGCAAAUCUAAAGCAGAGGUGGAAGACCUGAGGAUGCGAGUUCGAGAGCUGGAGGAGAGGGAGAGGAAGGAGAGCAAGAAGCUAGCUGAUGAAGACGCUCUGAGGAAGAUUCGUGUAGCCGAGGAGACCAUCGAGCAUCUGCAAAAGAAACUGGCUGCCACCAAGCAGGAGGAGGAGGCCCUGCUGAGUGAGAUGGAUGUAACGGGGCAGGCCUUUGAAGACAUGCAGGAGCAGAACAGCCGGCUACUGCAGCAGUUACGGGAGAAAGACGAUGCCAAUUUCAAGCUGAUGAGUGAGCGAAUCAAAUCCAACCAGAUCUACAAGUUACUGAAAGAAGAGAAGGAGGAGCUGGCCGAUCAAGUCCUUACGUUUAAAACGCAGGUGGAUGCCCAGUUGCUGGUUGUGCAGAAACUUGAAGAAAAAGAGGGAGUCCUCCAGAGCACGCUGGCUGCUCUUGAGAAGGAGCUGGCUGUCCGAACCCAAGCACUGGAACUCAACAAGAGGAAGGCGGUGGAGGCUGCACAGCUGGCAGAGGACCUGAAGGUGCAGCUGGAGCACACACAGGGCAAGCUGAAGGAGAUCCAGGUCUCCGUGGCUGAGAACCGCACCGCUCGGGAGAGGGAGAGCAGCAACCUGAAACGAGCACAGGAGGAUCUGUCCAGGCUGAGGCGGAAGCUGGAGAAGCAGAAGAAGGUGGAGGUGUACUCUGACGCGGACGAGAUCCUACAAGAGGAGAUCAAUCAGUACAAGGCCAAGCUGCGGUGCCCCUGCUGCAACACGCGAGACAAGGAGACGGUUCUCACCAAGUGUUUCCACGUUUUCUGCUACGAAUGUCUGAAGAUGCGUUACGACACCCGACAGAGGAAGUGCCCCAAAUGUAACUGUGCCUUUGGAGCCAAUGACUUUCAUCGCAUCUACAUCACCUAGGUCGCCCAGCAGUGGAGCAAAGGAAAGAAAAUUGAAGACAGAACCAAAGGAGGGGGAAAACAUGGAGGAGAACUGAAGAUCUAUUACACGCUGUAGACAUGUUUGGGAUAAGGAAUGAGUGUAUCCCUGUUUUUGAGGAAAAAAAAGACUCGUGUCACAUUUUUGUCAUUCAGUGACCAAACCUAGUGAUAUAUCUGACCAAGAGUGUUGUGAUGUAGUUAAUAAACACCCACAGAGCCGUUCUGGUUGAUACUACACGUCAGGGCCAACUUUUAAAGCUUUUUAAUGUAUAGAAAAAGUGCAGUGGAACAUGCUUGAUCGUAAUGAAGUGUUUCUUUGAACGCUUUUGUCCUGCUGGUUAUGGAAGUCAUUUGAAAUCGCUGAAGCUUAAAGUUCUAAAUUAAAAGAAGCCAUCCCUUA